GUCGAAACAACUAUGAUGGCCGCUUCUUCACAUUUUUCCGGUGUAAAAGCCCCGCCGUCUCAUUCAUUUCCAAAGCUUACUUCUUUACACCUCCACGCAGCAUUUUGGAACCAGCUUCAUUUUGCGUCUCCAAAUUAUUCUAAAUUAAGUUGGAGCCUAUUCCAAAGACGUUGUUGUAAAAGUAGAGUCUUUAAGGUUAGUUGCGAAGAAGGAAAUGUUGAUGUGAUUGAAAGGAAUGAGAUAGAGAAAUUAACCUUGGGAGAAGCAAAGAAUGAAUUGACGUGUGUGAUGAAGUUCGGUGGAUCGUCUGUGGCUUCCGCUGGUCGAAUGAGAGAGGUUGCCGACCUUAUACUUAGUUUCACCGCUGAAAACCCAGUCAUUGUUCUUUCUGCCAUGGCAAAUACAACCAAUAAGCUUUUGCUGGCUGGAGAAAAAGCUGUCAGCUGUGGUGUUAAUAAGGUAGAUACUAUUGAAGAAUUGCUCUUCAUUAAAGAUCUGCAUCAUAGGACAGCUGAUGAGCUAGGAGUGGAUCGCUUGAUUGUUGAUGGGCACCUAGAAGAAUUGCAGCAGCUCUUAAAAGGAAUUGCUAUGAUGAAAGAGUUAACAUUAAGGACAAGAGACUACUUGGUCUCAUUUGGGGAGUGCAUGUCUACUAGGAUAUUUGCUGCCUAUUUGAAUAAAAUUGGUGUUAAGGCCCGUCAAUAUGAUGCCUUUGAAAUUGGUUUCAUUACCACUGAUGACUUCACAAAUGCUGAUAUUCUGGAAGCAACUUACGCAGCUGUUGCAAAAAGAUUAAAUAAUGAUUGGAAUAGUGAUCCUGCAAUCCCAAUCGUCACUGGCUUCCUUGGAAAGGGCUGGAGAUCUUGUGCAAUUACUACUUUAGGUAGGGGUGGUAGUGAUUUGACAGCCACGACCAUCGGAAAAGCAUUGGGGUUUCGGGAAAUUCAGGUAUGGAAAGACGUUGAUGGUGUUUUGACAUGUGAUCCUAACAUAUAUCCACGUGCUGAACCUGUACCAUACCUAACAUUUGAAGAAGCAGCCGAACUGGCUUACUGUGGUGCUCAGGUUCUGCAUCCACAAUCCAUGAGACCAGCUAGAGAGGGUGAUAUUCCUGUCAGGGUUAAAAAUUCUUACAAUCCUAAAGCUCCAGGAACUCUCAUCACAAGGAGUAGAGAUAUGAGUAAGGCAGGACUCAUCAGCAUUGUUUUGAAACAGAAUGUUACCAUGUUGGAUGUUGUCAGCACACGAAUGCUUGGUCAAUUUGGCUUUCUUGCCAAGGUAUUUUCUAUCUUUGAAGAUUUAGGCAUCUCUGUGGAUGUUGUAGCUACUAGUGAAGUCAGUAUUUCCCUGACUUUGGAUCCGUCAAAACUUUGGAGCAGAGAGUUAAUUCAGCAGGAACUUGACCAUGUUGUAGAAGAACUUGAGAAAAUUGCUGUUGUCAAUCUGCUUCAACACAGGUCUAUCAUUUCUCUCAUUGGAAAUGUCAAGAGAUCCUCACUUAUACUGGAGAAGGCAUUUCACGUUCUUAGGAUCAAUGGAGUCAAUGUCCAAAUGAUCUCUCAGGGUGCAUCCAAGGUUAAUAUAUCAUUGGUUGUAAAUGACAACGAAGCGGAGCAGUCUGUGAGGUCACUUCAUUCAGCAUUCUUUGAAAGUGAGCUUCCCUGUGGUUCUGCCAAUUGA